AUGCAGAGGCACCUGAUCCACCACAGCACCCUCAUUGUCCCCUCUCUCCCUUCUCACAUUUUUGUUCCCACCAUUUCCCUUCCCCUUCCAUCCGUCCCACAGCAACCUCCUCGCCUCCUCGCUGCACCGCGAAGGAGACGGCCGCCACAGCGGCAGCAGCAGCGGCGCCGCCUCUCCUCCCCGCCCCUGGGCCUACCAGUCCUAUCCCACAACCUCCUUGCCUCCUCGCUGCACCGCGGGGGAGACGGCCGCCACAGUGACAGCAGCAGCGGCGCCGCCUCUCCUCCCCGCCCCAAGGCCUACCGCCUCGACCUUGUUUCAAUCGCCCCUCCUCCCCACCCCGACCCCCCCACCUUCGCUUCCAAUGCUCUUGCCGCCUCCUCUUCUCCCUUUGACUCGCCUUUUGACGAGCCGCCGUUUCAAGCCACUGCUGCCCCCGGCCUGUCUGCUGGUGCUGCUGCUCCGUAUGCGUUCAACUCCUCGUAUCAGCAACCAUAG